AAACAGAUGUAAAAUCCAAUUGUUAUUACUGAAUUCCAGUAAAUCACACCAAUGUUUAUCUUUUAAUUACUAUUAGAAUCAAUAGUAAUAAGUUAGGCGAUGGAAAAUCUAUUAAAUUGUAAGAAUUUAAUAGUUAAUUUGAUCAGACUAAUUUUCUUUUUGAUUGUGAUUAUAUAAACUUUGGGUUAACUUUUUCAUUAAUUCCACUUCAACUCUUCCCAUUGGGUUUUAAUGUAAUUUCUUUGAGUGUCUUUGAUAUUUUUCCAAUAACUUUUUUCUUUGUUAUUUUUAUCAUCUCCUCCUUUUGAUUAUCUCUCAUAUGUAAACGUCUCCCUCAUCAUCGUCAUCAUCAUCUUCAUCCUCCUCUUUUUCCAUAUCAACUCCUAGUACUUUGAUUAUCACUGAAAUUAAUCAACCACGGCAACACCGCCAAUCAUCAUCCCGCUGAUAGAUAAUCCUCAUGAAACAAUUAAAGUGAUUCAAGUUUGUGCCAAAAUUAACAACAGUUAAGUUAAUUGUUUUGAAAUAACAGGGAAUUGAGUUCAAACUCUACUUAUAUUUCUUGAGAUAAUUUCAGUUCUGUGUUGAAUUUCACUGUGAUCAACAUUAAUUAGUUGAUUGUUCCCCGGGCAAGCUCUUGAUUUGCGUGUCCAAUCAUCUUCAGCACAAUUAAUUCACUAAAUUAAACACUCGAUUCUUUUAAUUGUUGGUAAAAAAACACCAUGAGGAACCUUUUCAUUUUGUGCCUAAUUUUUUGCGUCCUUGGAGUGAAUUUAACCAAAGGAAAACCAACUGAAGAUACAAAUAAUUCCAAGGAUUCUUCAACCAAUUCAAAAAGCGUAACGGGUGACGAGAACGAGGCUGUUAAACCUGUUGUUAGUUCUUCAAGUGAUAAAACGACUGACAAUUCGCAAGAUAAUAAUUCAAAAGCUGAUGACACUAAAUCUGUCGGACAAACUGAUGAUAAAGAUGCUCAAAAUAAAGCUUUGGCAGCUACUGUUGCACCAACCAUCCCACCAACAACAACACAGGCCCUCACAACUAUGGAACCAACAACAUUGGCAUCAACUAUAUUACCAACAUUAAGCACAAUUGAUACGACCACUGCCACAGUCACGGAAGCAACAACCACCGACUCCGAAGAAACAACAACCGUAUCAUCAGAAACAACAACUAUUGUAUCAGAAACAACUACUGGAUUGUCAGGUACAACUACUGUUUUAUCGGAAACAACAACGGAAGAAAAAACCACCGAAGAGCCAACAAUCAAAAAUCCACCACCAACAACAACAGUUUUACCGAUAAAAACUGUUGAUGUUACAACAGUUUCACCGGCCAAUGGAAAUUCAAAACAGAGCAAAAAACUGAGCGGUGGAGCAACAGCGGGAAUCAUUGUCGCCGUAUUAGCAGUUUUCGUUGUCAUUGGUGCUGUUUACUAUUACUAUUCAUCUAAGAAAAUUCCCCGGUCGAGUAAAAAUUAACCAACCAAUGGAAAAAAAUGAUCAAAGAUCAAAAAUGUCCUUCAACCGGUCAAUGAAAACACAAUCUUCGUCAUCUUAAUAUUUCAAACUCUCUCUUUUUUUAACUAUCAUCAACUAAUUUUCCAAUGGUAUUUUAUUUCUGAUUAACCACGAAACAAGAAAAAAAAAACAAAUCCAAAGCAAUCCUUAUCCUCAACCAAUUAUGAUGACCAAAUUGUAAAUCUAAUUUGAAAAGUUUCGCAGUCACUAAUUAUGAAACUAAAAUGGUCUCAAUUUUGUAGAUCACAAAACAGAUUGGUAA